UCGCUUCUGUGUAGUUAGUGAGAGGGGUGCUACAAAAACUUGGACUAUCUGACAAUAGGUGGCGAGAUCGGUUAUUUUAUCGUUUAUGUAUUUUACAGGAAUAGCAUGUCAGCAUAUUUUCAAGGUUAAUAAGUUAAUUUAACGCCAAGCCAAGCCCCAAGCCAAAUAAUCUAAAAGAGUGUUUCCAUUCAUUCCCGCGCUUUGUUAAUGUAAUCUUUAUUAAUCUGAGUGGUUACCUCCACAAAAUAAUCAUGAAUAAAGUGUCGUUUAUAGAAUUGUUAGUUAAACAAACUUCUCGACGUGCCGCAUACGAAUUUGAAUUAGAAUCAAAACAAAAACAAGCCUGGUCUCCCGAAAUUGUCAAAGCAGUCCAAGAUGAUGUGGGUAUUUAUUCCCUCAAAUUUCUUAAGGCUCUUCAUGAUAACACCAGAGACAGUCUUUACAAACUAAUGAAGACUAAGGAUCCAAAUGACCCAAAUAGUGUGGAAGUUCCUGUAGGCUUAAAUUGGCUGGACCACAAUGACUUCGCUGCUCCAGAAAGAGAAGCACUUUUGAAUUUUUCAUAUAAAGUCAAAGAUAUGGCCCCCAGUAACUCCAAAAAUUGGAUUGAUCUACGUCACUUCAUGCAUUAUGUUUAUAGAAACUUCUUUGCUAGUUUUAGUUUAAUCCCUAGCAAUGAAUGUUUGACGCCUUAUUUCUUGGACGAAAUGCGAGGAUUAGUACGCAGUUUGAUCCAAGAAGACGAGAGUCAACUGUAUUUAAGGGUAUUGGCUUUAUUAAGGGAAUAUUGCAUUUUUGCACAAUUUAAUUACACUAAGGAAGUAGGACAAACCUAUAUUAUUACUACACUGUGUCAUUACUAUUAUGCCAUGUUGAGAGCCGCCGACAAAAUAAGAGACGUAUUUGCUGAUAUUAAAGUACUCAUCUAUAGAAAUUAUAAGAUGGGUUGGAAACAUUUUAACGCAUGUGUAUUCAUAAGAUAUUUUUUGGAGACUGAUUAUGUCCAACAGAAAAUCAAGCAAGUUUUAAAGACCAGAGAAAGCCCUGGUGAUUCUCCUGCCAUGUUUGAAUUCUUAGAAAACUUACAAAAUUUAAGCACUAUGUUACAAAACCGAAUUAAAAAAAUUAAUGACGAUCAUAGUCUGGCAGUGGGAAGCGGAACAUACUUUAUAGAAGAAGUUAUGAUUUUUAAUCAUAAAGAAGUUCUGACCACUAACUUUUGGAUGGAGCGGACUGAACAAGAAAAGAGUGGUUUACACUUAGAACGAUUUGAUCAUCACUUGUUCCGGUUACUAGGAGAUCCAUAUUUUCGUUCAGCAGGCCCAAUACUGGACAAUGACGCUCAGUGUAUAUGCGCAGAAUGUUUGGUUGGCAAAUAUGCCAUUCUGAUACAUGCAGUCGAAAAUCAAUUACAAAACGAGCUGUUAAGGAGUACUUGUCGCGUAAUAUUUUGUCGUAGAUGUCGGACACUUCUAGAGCUUGAUCGUUUUCAUGCACAUGUUGCUACAGUCCACUGGGCAGCCAAUGAGGUCAAAGCAGCAAUAAAGGAUAAUACCACAAAAGUAGGUCAAUCUUUGGUCCUGUGCGAAGAACCGCCGGAGGUGAGUCAAAGGAUUCCAAUGUCGGAAGAAGCAACUGACGCAGCUGCGAUGACUAUCUGCGAUAUCCACUUUUCAAUACCUAAACACGACUUUAACGAUCUAACUUGCACCAGGCUAACGUUUGAAGAAUUUCUCAAGCAGUUCAAGGAUAGUACCAAACACGACGACGCCGUUGAAAACAAAGAGGCCAUAAGGAAAUGUAUUAAUAUUACGAAGGAUACAUUCAGUAAAGUGGUCUUUGAUGAUAGUAUACUCAAUCCAAAUACAUUUGCUUCAAAUUUAACGCCGUCCGUGUCACCAACCAAGAAAAAAGCAGAGCCUUCUCCCAAGCCUAAGGAAAUACCUAAAACUAGCCGAAAGACUGAAAGACGCCAGGGUCAGAAGACGAAGACAUAAAUAUAUCCGACGGGUUUAGUUGGUAGAUCAACUUUUGUUAUAUAAAUUUUUAAUGUAAGUUUUUGAUGUUUUUACACAAACCUAAUUAAAUGAUAAGAUCAGUACUUUUAAGUAAACAGGGUUUUAAAUAAUCAAA